AUGGACGGUAAGUACUUUCGCGGCAACCGCCGCUCCGAGAUCCAGGAGCUGCGCGAGGAGCUGCAGAAGGCGUCUAAGGACCGGCGAAAGGACGCCAUCAAAAAGAUCAUCGGGGCCAUGACCGUCGGCAAGGACGUGUCUAGCCUGUUCCCCGAGGUGGUAAACUGCAUCCAGACCAACAACCUCGAGCUGAAGAAGCUGGUGUACCUGUACGUGAUAAACUACGCGAAGGUGCAGCCUGAGCUUGCGAUUUUGGCGGUGAACACGUUCUGCAAGGAUGCCAAGGAUCGCAACCCGCUCAUCAGGGCGCUCGCUGUGCGCACGAUGGGCUACAUUCGGCUCCCGGCGGUCACGGAGUACAUGGUGGAGCCGCUGAUGCGCUGCCACUCCGACCCCGACCCGUACGUCCGCAAGACGGCGGCCAUUUGCAUCGCAAAACUCCACGGGAUAUCGCCGCAGCUGGUGCGUGACGAGGGCUUCAUCGACGUGCUGGAGCGGAUGAUGUCGGACACCAACCCGAUGGUGGUGGCGAACGCGGUGUCGACGCUGGUGGAGAUCUCCGAGCAGUCCGAGGAGAACCUGGUGGCCCGCAUUUUGGCCAAGAACCCGGCCAAGCUGGAGGGCCUGCUGCACUCGCUGAACGAGUGCAUGGAGUGGGGCCAGGUGUACAUUCUGGACGCGCUGAUGCUGUACAAGCCCGGCAGCCCGGAGGAGGCGCGCACCCUGAUCGAGGGCGUGCUGCCGCGCUUCUCGCACAUAAACCCGGCCGUGGUGAUGUCGGCCAUGAAGGUGGUGAUCAAGAUGCUGCCGAAGAUCGGCGACAAGGAGUACCUGCGCGUGCUGCAGGGGAAGCUGGCGGCGCCUUUGGUGACGCUUGCGUCGCUUGAGCCGGAGAUCCAGUACGUGGCGCUGCGUUCGAUUUUGGUGAUCAUCGAGAAGUGGCCGCGUCUGCUCGAGGGCCACGUGCGCGCGUUCUUCUGCAAGAGCCGCGACCCCCUGUACGUGCGCAUCGAGAAGCUGGAGAUCAUGGUGCGUCUGGCGACGACCAGCAACUUCCAGAAGAUCCUGGCCGAGCUCUCUGAGUACGCCACCGACAUCGACCACGACUUCGUGAGGAGGGCCGUGCGUGCCAUAGGGUCGCUGGGCGUGCGUCUGGAGGCCGCGCUGUCGGCCUGCGGUAACGCCCUGAACGAGCUGCUGCGUCUGCGGGCGGCGCACCUCACCGAGGAGUGCACCAUCGUGUACCGCGACCUGCUGCGCGCGUACCCGCACAUGUUCAACCUUGAUUUGUUCUCCAUGUGCGCCGACGGCGAGUACCUGCACGCCGUGGAGUCGAAGUCCGCGCUGAUCUGGAUCAUCGGCCAGUACGCCGCUAAGAUCCCCGACGCGGCCGAGUACCUCGCGAACAUGGCUGAGACGAUGCACGACGAGGACCACGCGGUGCAGCUGAGCCUGCUGACGGCGGCGGUGAAGGUGGCCGUGACCCGCGGUCGGGACACCGGGAUGGUGGAGCACGUGAUCGAGCGCUGCGUGCACGAGAGCGCGAGCCCCGACGUGCGUACCCGCGCGCAGAUGUACCUGAGGCUGCUGGAGCACGGCGACGCGGUGGCCGCCAAGGUGGUGCUGGCGCCGCUGCCGCCGAUCGGCGAGGCCGUGAUGGACAGCGAGGUGCUGGACAACCUGCUGAGCAAUUUAGGGCACGUCUCGUCGGUGUACCACCUGCCGGCGUGGGCGCUGACGUUCAAGGACGCGCAGCCGCUGGGCGCGUCGCGCGAGAAGCAGUCCGGAGACGCGUCGUCCAGCGACGGCGACCUGCUGGACACGGCCGACUCCGACAUCAGCCCGCGCAAGGGCCGGUCCUUCGACGGCCUGGACGACUACGACGAGGACCAGCGCGGCGGCCGCGACCUGCAGCCGUACCACGGCGAGGACGAUUUGUUCGAGACCUUCGGCAGGGUGUUCCGUUACACGUGCAAGGACGAGGUGGUGCUGACUCAGCACCAGCAGGGCUCCAACGGCCAGAUUGGCCUGCAGGUGGUGGCGUGCCUGUACCGCGAGGGCGAGAAGAUGUCGCUGAAGCUGUCGAUGACCAACAAGACCGCGGCGUCGAUAUCGCUGCUGGCCAUCCAGUUCAACAAGAACUCGUUCGGGCUCAGCCCCGCGGCGCCACUCGCCAGCCCCGUGCUGGUGGCGCCUGAGAAGACCACGGAGGCGCACGUGCCGCUCGCGGCCAACGUCAUCAUGUCCAACACCCCGCCCGCUAACCCCAUCGCGCUGCAGGUCGCCAUCAAGACCACCGUGGACGUGUUCUACUUCCGCGUGUUCUACGAGCUGCCGAUCGUGCUGCUGCACGGCGCGCGAAUAACGCGCAGCGAGUUCGAGGAGCUCUGGGGCUUGUCUGGCCAGGAGGAGACGUUCGCCGUGGGCGACAGCCUGCCCGUCACCGACCGCCUUGCGAAGGCCGGUCUGUCGUUCGUCGGCGCCGGCCUCAACGUGGGCAGCUCCAAGGCCAACGAGUGCUUCUACGCGAGCACCACGAACUCGCUGCAGCUGCUGGCGGUGUUCUCCAACGGGCGCGCGUCCGUCAAGGCCGAGGCGGCCGCCCUGGUCCCGCUGUUCGUCCACACUAUCGGCAAGGCUCUGCGCAGCGGGAGCUGA